AUGUUAAAGCUCAAAUGUAUUGUAAUCGUGAGUCAUGAUGAACGCCUUAUUCGUGACUCGAAAUGUGUGCUUUGGGUGAUUGAAGAUCAAAUGAUCAAUGAAAUCGACGGAGAUUUCGAUGACUAUAGGUGCGAAAUUCUGAAUGCUCUUGGCGAGGAAAUCAUCAAUCCAAGUGUGGUUGCUGCUUCAGCUGGAUGCCUAAAUUGA